AUGGUGCAAGGCACUCUAGGCUAUUUAGACCCAGAAUACUAUACCACAGGGCUUCUGAACGAGAAGAGCGAUGUGUAUAGCUUUGGGGUAGUCCUCAUGGAACUGCUCUCAGGUCAAAAGGCAUUGUGCUUUGAACGGCCACAGGCUUCAAAACAUUUGGUGAGUUACUUUGUUUCUGCCACGGAAGAGAAUAGGUUGCAUGAGAUUAUUGACGACCAAGUGUUGAACGAGGAUAAUCUGAAGGAGAUCCAGGAAGCUGCAAGAAUUGCUGCAGAGUGUACAAGGCUAAUGGGAAAAGAAAGGCCAAGGAUGAAAGAAGUAGCUGUAGAGCUAGAAACUUUGAGCGUCAAAACAACCAAACAUAAUUGGUCGGAUCAGUAUCGAGAGGAGAAUUUACACUUGCUUGGUAGCAACAUCGUGUCUUCCCAAGGCGAUACCAAUAGCCGUGGUUAUGACAGCGUCAAGAAUGUAGCAUUGCUUGACAUUGAAGCUGGCCGCUGA